AUGUUGUCCGGAGGUGCAAGACGGAUACCUCGAGAACCAGCAGCAGGAAAUGCAUUAUCUGCUAGUACAUUGACCACUUCACCAGCAGUGACUCCAUUAGGAAAACAGGCAGUAAAAGUAGUCAUUAGAGUACGCCCUUCACUUGCUCACGAGCACAACAGUGAAGCGUGCAUUACCACCACUACAAAUGAUAUCUACAUCACCAACCCUCGAAAUACUACCGAGCAACUUCAAUACACCUUUGAUAAAGUCUUUGGGGAAUCAGAUUCGCAAGAGUCUGUAUUUGUCCAAGUCGAGCCAGUCAUUUUAAGUGUGUUUAGCGGAAUCAACACCACAAUUUUUGCAUAUGGUCAGACUGGUAGUGGAAAAACACACACCAUCAAUGGAUCUCUCAAAGCACAAGGCAUCAUUCCACGGACAAUAUCGUAUCUGUUGAACCACAUCAAGGAAAACGCACUUGAAACAUCCAUAUCUGUUUCCUACUUGGAGAUUUACAAUGAAAGAAUCUUUGAUUUGUUGGCUACAGGAGAUACCAAGUCGCUUCAAAACUUGGAUUUAAGAGAAAACGCCAAAGGCAAUAUUAUUGUCUCGGGUCAUUCUUCAACACUGAUUCGAUCCGUUGAUGAUUUUGAAAAACUUCAUCAAACUGCUUUAAAAAAUAGAUCUACUGCAGCUACAAAUCUCAAUGAAUUGUCUUCUCGAUCUCACUUUAUUAUGCAAAUCUCGAUCAAUACAACUCUUGAAAACGGGAAAACACUCAUGUCUAAACUACAUAUUAUUGAUUUGGCUGGAAGUGAAGACAACAAGCGAACAGGAAAUGUUGGCGCGCGAAUGGUUGAGAGUGGUGCCAUUAACAAAUCGUUAUUUGUGCUUGGUCAAGUAGUCGAAGGCAUGUAUUGUUGUAUAGGAUCUAUUUAUUCAAGGCUUCAAUCUAUUCACCAUCUUCUUUUGAUUUCAACAGCAUUAAACAAGGGCCAGCAACGUGUUCCAUAUCGGGAUAGCAAAAUUACUCGAUUACUGCAGGAUUCAUUAGGAGGAAGUGCCAUAGGUUUGAUGAUUGCAUGUUGUGCUUCGGGCCAGGAACACUAUUGGGACACCUACAACACAUUAAACUUUGCGUCCAAAUCGUCGUUUAUUAAAAAUACUGUUGUUCGACACGAGAUUGCAGGCAUGUUUUUGACCAAACCUGUUAUUCCUCAGAUUCAACAAAGUAUAUUUUCUGGAUCUUCAUCAGCCAGUUCGGGAAUUUUGACUUCAAAUCGUAAGCAAGAGUUGCUUGAAUGGAAACUACGCACAAAGACUACACCACAGCAGUCGACUGAUAUACAGAAAUCCCGCCAGCCUCGUCAUAGCAAUGCAUCUACAGUAUCCGAUGCAAGUGACGUGUCACAAUUUCAAAACGUUCAGUUGGAUGAGCUUGUUCAACAAAAAGUUGAAGCACAAGUCAAUGCUCAUUUAGCGACCCUUCGUGCCGAACUAUUAGAGACCAACAUAGCGCAACCAUUUCAAUCAUCCCUAUGUACUACAUUGCAUAAUGAUUUAGUUAUGGAAGCAGAAAAGGCAGUGUCACAGGGUUGGUUGGUGGAUGCGAUUGUUGCUUUUAAACGUGCUCUUGUUCUUGAAAGUCCAAAUUCAGUCGAAUAUGAAUCCACGCUGGCUCGAAUAGCCAAAAUAGAGCAGCUACAGCGUCAGGAAGAGCAACAUCGCAUAUCAAAUAUGACCAACACUGCCUCUGAACAUCAAGAGGUAAAAACUAUCCAUUCCAUCGAGCAAGUCAAGCAAGAUACAGAAAAAGUGAUGUUGCGUAUUAUUAAUUCGGGGAGCCUCAAAGAUAUUAUGAAAUUGAAGCAGGUGGGUAAGAAACGAGCCGAAGCCAUCAUGAAUGCCAGGGAUACGUAUGGUGAUUUUAUGUCCAUCAAAGAUCUUUCACGAGCGGGAAUGUCAGAGACUUUAAUCUCCACAGUGUUUCAAUCCAACUUGCAACUGUAG